UGUCCUCGUUGUUUCUCUUAACUGUGUUUAUCAUUAGUUUACAGAUUGGCGAAAGACCCUCACAUCGUCAAAUAUAUUUAUUACCCAAACUUCUUCACUGAGCAGCCUAUUGAUUAAUUAAUUAAAUGCACGAAAGUUAGCGUGCAAGCAGAGGGAGAGAAAGGAGCCGAAAAUGGCGCAAACUGCGGUGGUUAAUCAGUCUAAUCCAGGUGUUAUUAAUCAGCGCUGAGGCAGUGACUGGUUCAUGUGGCUGCACGUUAAGUCAGGAAACACUCUGGGGGAAAAUCGAUGUGCUCCCAGAUGGAUUACGCUAUGAAGUCCCUCAGCCUUCUGACUCCGUCUUCCCUCUCCAAGUGUGUGACAGCCAGCGUGUCAGCCAGCGCCUCCAUGACCCAGCAGCUCCUGUCGGGUCGAGCUCCUCGCCCAAAGCCCUUCAGGGUCACAAAUGCUGACCGCAGUGUGAAGAAGGGCAUCAUGGCGAGCUCCCUAGAAGACCUGAUGAACAAGGUCAGCGACUCGCUGAGCGUACCGUGUGUCGGCGCCCUGGUGCUGGAUGAAGACGGCACAGGCGUGGACACAGAGGAGUUCUUCCAGACGCUGCCCGACAGCGCUGUCCUCAUGGUCCUGGAGAAGGGCCACAAGUGGACCCUACAUCCGAGCAGCCCCUCCAGAGAUCAGCUCAGCACACAGCACCGGACAGAUGUGGCCAAGGUGACUUUUGACCUCUACAAAAACAACCCCAAGGAUUUCAUUGGCUGCCUGAACGUGAAAGCAACCCUGUACGGCGCUUAUACUGUCUCCUAUGACCUGCGCUGUUACGCUGCCAAAAGCAUGCUGAAGGAGGCCCUGCGAUGGACCAUCUUCUCCAUGCAGGCCACGGGCCACAUCCUGCUGGGAUCCUCCUGCUACAUCGAGCAGCUGCUGGAGGAGGAGGAGGAGGAGGAGGAAGAGGAGCGAGCAGAGAAGAGCCUGGCGCUACCACAGGAAGGCAGGAUCAGGCAGCUGCAGAGCAUGCUGCUGAGAAGGAUAUCCCACUGAUCGUGGACUAGAGCUGACGAUGGUGGAGCCGCCUUGUCCACUCUUAGGUUUAGGACACGAUGUAGAUGGUCGCAGAUGAAACGGCUGAUCUCUUCAUGUUCACGUCAGUUUCCUGUGCAGUUUGCAGAUAUUUUAGACAUAGCAACAGUCUGUCACUUUCUUGUUCUGUUACAUUUAUUAUUUUUUUGCACCAUAUGUACAAGCUGAUACCACAAGUUAUUCCUCAGUAAGCACAUUUACUUAUUACUGUAACUUUUUCCUAUCGAGAUGAAUAAAUAAAACUAACA